AUGCCCGUUACGUAUUGGAGCGGGACUUCUUUUAAUCCGUCUCCGUGACAUUUAUUAAUAGUAGAAUUAUUGGUCUUACUUGCCAAGUGAAUUUAAAUACCAGUAUAGUUAAAUUAAAAUAAUAUGCGGAUCAGAAAAACUAGUCUACUUUUUAGUCUGAGUUGUUUGGUUGUCUUUGGGUGCAUUGUGUUGCUGCUUGGUCGAAACAAGAAUUUGGUUGGUGACGAAGAGAAUGAUGUUGAAGAUUUGGAAAACAAGGUGAAAGAACUUGAGCGGGAUUUGCAGAGAAAUUAUGAAAUUGUACAAAAGAUAGGAAAAUCUGUUUCUGAUCUCCUUAAACAAUCAUCUGGGCAAGGCGAAGCAGAUUAUCAUAAAGCUGCUGAGAUAAAACAAGUCCAACAAAUAGUGGAUGGGAAAAUUGGAACCCAAAAUUGCAUGUUUGUUGAACAAACUCCACCACAACCUAAUUUGCAGAUGCUCAAGUUGUACAGCAAGAUGAAGUUUGACAACCCAGAUGGUGGAGCAUGGAAGCAAGGGUGGGAUGUCCAAUAUGAUGACAGCCAGUUCUCGGAAGACAACAAGCUAAAAGUUUUCGUGGUUCCCCAUUCGCACAAUGAUCCCGGGUGGAUUAAAACUAUCCAAAAAUAUUAUGAAGACCAAACUAGGCAUAUUUUAAAUAACAUGAUACGAAAAGUGAGUGAAGAAGAAAAACGCAAAUUCAUCUGGGCAGAAGUCUCCUACCUGGAUUUGUGGUGGAAAGAAUCGGAACCACAGGCCAGAGACAAGUUUAAAAAGCUUGUUGACAAAGGCCAGAUUGAAAUAGUUACAGGUGGGUGGGUGAUGAACGAUGAAGCCAAUACGCACUAUUACGGAAUGAUUGAACAGCUGACAUCUGGCCAUGAAUGGCUCAAACAGAAGCUGAACUUUUCUCCCCGAAAUGGCUGGGCUGUUGAUCCCUUUGGCUAUUCCAGCAGUAUGGCCUAUCUAUUGAAGAGAAGUGGUCUUGAAAACAUGGUCAUUCAGCGAGUUCAUUACGCCAUAAAAAAAGUCAUGGCAGCACAGAAGACUUUAGAGUUCCGUUGGCGACAAAAUUGGGAUCGCGAUGGACAAACCGAAAUGCUCUGUCACAUGAUGCCAUUCUACAGCUAUGAUAUACCACAUACGUGCGGUCCAGAUCCCAAAAUUUGCUGCCAAUUUGAUUUCCGUCGCUUGAGUACGUCAGGUCAAACUCCUAUUCACUGCCCGUGGAGAGUCCCACCGCAACCCAUCACCGAGGCCAAUGUUCACAAUAGGGCUGCGCUUUUGCUGGAUCAGUAUCGCAAAAAAUCCAGCUUGUACAAAACAAAUGUGCUGAUGAUCCAACUGGGUGAUGAUUUCCGUUACGUUACGGCUACCGAAUACGACCAGCAAUUCAUAAAUUACCAAAAAUUGUUCGAUUACAUGAACAGCCGCAAGGACUGGUUCGUGGAGGCUCAGUUUGGAACAUUGAAAGAUUAUUUUGACGCUCUCCGGACAAGCGUGGCCCAAUCGGUGGAGACUUUUCCAUCUUUAUCCGGCGAUUUUUUUACUUACGCAGAUAUUGACGACCAUUAUUGGAGUGGUUAUUAUACGACGCGUCCAUUUUACAAGCUACUCGACCGAGUGUUGGAAUCGUAUCUGAGAUCAGCUGAAAUUAUUUAUUCCAUGACUUGGUCGCACCUCCAUCGCCUGUCGGCCGUUCCCGAUCGAUCCCGCAACUGGAUGGGGCGCAUGAUGGCGCUAUUGUCGCAGGCCCGACGUCACCUGGCCGUCUUCCAGCACCACGACGGCAUCACGGGGACGGAGAGAGACCAUGUUGUCCAAGACUAUGCCAAAAUGAUGCAGAAGGGCAUUCAAAACAGUCAGCUGAUUAUUCAACAGUGCGCACACUAUUUACUUCAUCCGGAUCAGGCCAAUUACGAGCCUGAGUUAGAUACUCUUCAUUUCUCUGUCGACGAUGAAUACUCGAAACCGAAUGAACUGCCAAUGAAAAGUCUCAUUCGCGUGCAAAGAUCAAAACGUCACAUCAUAUUUUACAACUCGCUGGCUUCCGAACGCAUCCAAGUCGUUACCCUCCGUGUAUCACAUUAUAAUGUCGAGGUAACGAAUGAUCAGUUGAAGCCGGUCAAUACUCAAGUCAGUCCCGUUUUCAUUACCUCGCAUCAACUAUCCAGUGAGGAAUUCGAAAUUUCAUUUCUCGUUUCUGUUCCGCCGUUGGGCAUGUCCACGUACACCAUCUGCCAGUUCGACGGAACCAUCCAAGAAAAUGUACAUUUGGAAGUGUCUCGGAUUGUAGUGAGGGAAUCACGAUCCAUCGAUUCCGUUGCCCCGUUCACGGUCGACAUUAAGGAGCAAUUCGAGCCUUUCACGCUGAAGAACUCGAAUUUAAAGGCAACCUUCGACUCAAACGGCCUUUUGACCUCAAUAAGUCAAGAUCAUCGUGAAACUGUGUCUAUUGCUAUUCAAUUUGUUCAUUACGGAACACGUGGAGGCCACCAGGCCAUGAGCGGGGCCUACAUUUUCCUACCAGACGGGCCGGCCAAAUUGCUGGAGCCCAAUGCAGAGGAUAAUCGCGUAAGAAUUGUCCAGGGUUCCAUCCGUUCUCAAGUGGUCGCCACUUUGCCCUUCGUUGUGCACCAAGUCACGUUACAUCGAUCGCCUGGAAUCGAUGGAUUGGGCCUCGAUAUUGACAAUCUCGUGAAUUUGUCCGGACAGAGUAACUUGGAAGUGGCCAUGCGCCUUGUUACCAGCCUUGAUAGUGGCACAGCUUUUUACACCGAUUUGAACGGCCUGCAGAUGACGCGACGAGAAAAAUGGGAACAACUGCCAUUACAAGCCCAGUUUUAUCCGAUGCCUACCAUGGCCUACAUUGAAGAUUCAACGACGAGAAUAACCUUGGCAACCAAACAGCCACUGGGUGUGGCCAAUCUUUCCCCGGGCCAGUUAGAGGUGAUGCUGGACCGCCGAUUGAAUCAAGACGACAAUCGUGGCCUGGGGCAAGGCAUUUACGAUAACGUCAUCCCGACAUUAAAUUCCUUCCGGCUACUGGUUGAGCCUCGCAUCGUCUCGUGCAAGGGAAGCCAUGAAGGUCGAAGACCCGAUGGAUACCCUUCGCUAUCAGCUCAUCGUUCGCUUCAUGAGCUAUUGUACCCAGUGCACCAAUUAGUUCGGAACGUUGGCGAUCAGCAACUGGACAACAGUUCACCUUUGAUUAAGUUGCACGACAACUUUAAACCGGCGCUGUCAGAGAGUGGAUCGGAUAUUCACGUCGUUAACCUGCGCACGGCAACUCGAUUGCCGGACGAUGAAGCCGUUGAGCCAUCGUCUUCCGUCUCUCUUGUGUUGCACCGUCUCGGCUUCGACUGUUGCUUCCCACCUUUGGGGUUGAACAGCUCAACGGCUAACAACGGCGAAUUUAGUCUCGAUAAACUCUUUCCCGAUUAUUUUGGCAAUCGAGUCCGUUCCAUGUCCCUAACGUCAUUGGGAACUCAAGAACCGGCCAUCGAAAAGUCUUUUACCAUAGCCUUAAAACCAAUGGAAAUUUACACCUUUGAGUUGCAACCCUAAACUAAAAACAAAACACACACAAAAUGUAUUUCUAUGACAUUCCCUCGGAAUUCUUUUAAUUUUGAUUCGUAAUACUUUGACGAUUAUUUAAAAAUUGUCGUUAUGAACGGUGGGUAGUUUUAUAAGUUUUUGCAUGUCCCCUCUUUCGAAACUGUUUCAAUGUUUUUUACGACGACGAUAAGGACAUGCGAAUAGAAGAGCAUGCGUCGUUGUAAUGCAGCUGGACAUGUCCCGUGCACGUGUUUGUGAUUGUAUACUGCCGUCGUGAUAUAAUACAUCACGACAUGGCCGUUGCCGCCCACAUCCACUGAA